AUGCUGGCGUUUGGCGGCUUGGCUCUUCUGGUGCUCUCUCUGGCUGAACCGGCGGCCGUGGAAAAAGCAGAGCACGAUUACUACAAAUAUCACCCCAUCACGGAGAUCACCUCCUGGAUGAACAAAAUGUUUAAGGAAAACCCUGAUGUUGUGUCCCUGCUUGAGUACGGAAAGACCUACGAGAACAGAGCCAUAAGUUUGCUAAAGAUUGGCUUGAAAGGUGAAGUCAGGAAGAAAGCGGUGUGGAUGGACUGUGGCAUCCAUGCCAGGGAGUGGAUCUCUCCUGCCUUCUGUCAAUACUUUGUUCAACAGGUCCUGCAGACAUACCAGACGGACAGCGCAGUACAGGAGCUUCUGAAGAACGUGGACUUGUACGUGACCCCGGUGCUGAACGUGGAUGGCUACGUGUACACCUGGAAGAACGACACAAGACUGUGGAGGAAGUCCAGGUCACCGGGACCAGAAGGCUGUGCCUGCAGCGGCACCGACCUCAACCGCAACUUCGAUGCAAACUGGGGAUCGGUUGGCAUAUCGUUAAACUGCUGCUCGGAAGUGUACUGUGGUCGACACCCUCUGUCUGAGCCGGAAGCCCGAGCUGUGGCGGACUUUGUGGGCAAGAUGAAGGACGACUUCAUUCUCUUCCUCACUAUCCACUCCUAUGGACAGCUGCUCCUACUUCCCUAUGGACACCCCAACGUCCUUGCCCCUAACUUGGAUGAGCUGAUGGAGGUUGGGUUGGCUGCUGCAAACGCCAUUAAGAAUGUCCAUGGGAUGGAGUACACUGUAGGGACAUCACCAAAUGUGUUGUACGCCAAUUCUGGAUCCUCUCGAGACUGGGCUCGAUUGAUUGGAAUCCCCUUCUCCUUCACCUUUGAGCUUAGAGAUAAGGGACAAUAUGGCUUUUUGCUACCCGAGUCGCAGAUCCAGCCAGCCUGUGAGGAGGCCUAUGCCGGAGCCAUGCACAUUGUAAGCUAUGUCCAUGACAAGACCUUCAGCAGUGCUGCAGAUGUAGCCAGAGCAACCAUGUGGACAUGGCUGUUUGCAGUGUAUGUCACCAGCAAUAGUCUUUGUUAAGAUGGAAAAACUGCACGGGAAAAAUGAACCCAGGUAGCAUUUCUACGUCACCUGUCCUGCAGCUGGAUGCAGUCCCACCUACCUGUCCAUCAGCUGAAGGCCGACUUUUGCAUAGCCUGGAUGUUGAAAUAUCUAAUAUAAAUAUAACCCCUGUUGAUUCAACAACAGCAACAUCAAAUAUUGCAAUUUUAUUUCUUAUUCAAGGCAAGAGCUACAGUCCUGUAAAAGCUGUAAUUAACAGUUUACUUUUAUUUUUGAAAAAGAGCAAUGCUAUAGAAUAUUGUUUUGACAUUGUGUUACCAUGUGAUUCAUGACUCAGUUCAGCAGGUUGGAUUACCUGCCCCUGAAGACGAGACCAUCAGAGAUUCAAAGCAACAUUUACUUUAAACUGAGUGAUUUUGAUAUUCCAUGGAUGUACUGUAUGCCAAAUGUGAGUGGCUGACGAUGAUUUGAAUUUUCUCUAAAUGACAGCUACCGUUGACAGCUGCAAUAAACCGAAGUUAAAGAAAGGAAGAAAAGAGUAUGUUUAGUAAUUUGCAAAUAGAACGUUUUAAAAAUUGCUUCAGUAUUUACUUAUGGUAACAGAGGUUUGGCGUUAUUUCGAAUAAGUUUAUAGUUGCAAAUCAGCCGUUGCAUAAAUGUUAAAACUGUCAUGGUUGUGUGGUCUGGGUCAGAUGUGUUCCCCAUUACCUGAUUGGCUUGCCAUUUCGGUUGCUGCCUCUGAUUGCCCCAUGAUUGCCAUUUACCUGACUGCCCCUGCUUUACUCACUUGUUCCCCAUUCCCUGAUUGGCGAGCCUGUUCCUGCCCUGCUCUGCCCUGCUCGCUUGUACUCCAUUCCCGGACUGGCUCUCCAGCAAGUUGUAUGUUCCCACUGGUUGCUCUGGCGCUUUGUCGGAUCGUCGC